UAAAUAUCCGAAUGGUGAUCCUUCAACACAAGGUUUGUAUGCGAAACAGCCAGGAUUCGCUUUCGACGCAGAACUUUGGUGGCCUUCAGGAUUUAAUCGAAGCCAAGAAAUUCAUAUUGACGAACCAUAUCGUAAUGGUACCUACUUUAGCCAUUAUCAAAUCGGAUUAGAUGGUGGUACAUCUGUGUUCAAUCCACCGGCGAAUUUUUGGAGUACUGAACAUCCACCUGCCGGCGAUAAUUAUAAGAUUCCUCGCGGUGUCACCCUUAAAAAGGGUGCUUUGCCAAAUAUGCGCAAUUGGACGAAACCAACUACAGGGCUCGUACAUGCAUUUCAUGCCGGUUAUUGGGGUAGUUGGGUUUUCGAAAUCGCAUCAGUUCACCCAACUGAUCGCAAAAUCACUUUUGGUCGUGGUGGAUUUCAAGAGGCACGUGGUAACGAAAAAGGAGGUGCUUAUUAUGUUGCCAAUAUUUUUGAAGAGCUCGAUUCCCCUAAUGAAUGGUUUUUAGAUAAAGAUACUCGCACACUCUACUUUAUGCCGAACGGAACCAUGCCGAAUGUUUUUGUGGGUAGUCAAAUUUCAUGUUUGAUUUCACUAAGUGGAAGCAGCAGUUAUGAACAAGUCAAUAAUGUGCUUAUAAAAGGUUUGAUCUUUACUCAGACGAGUCAUACUUAUCUACACGAUUACAUGGUACCUAGCGGUGGUGAUUGGUCUGUUCAUCGAGGUGGAACCAUCUUUUUAACAAAUACAACCAAUAUUACUAUUACGGAAAAUUUAUUCACGGAGAUCGGAAGUAAUGGAAUAGCUGUUAUCGAUUAUAAUCAAGCGACGUCGAUUACUUUAAAUGAAUUCGUAUGGUUAGCUGAUUCUGCAGUGAUUGCCGUGGGUAUUACUAAUGGUAUUGAUGGUUUUACAGUAACAAGUCAACCUAUCAAUACACUGAUACAAUCAAAUAUUAUGCACGAAACAGGUAUUUAUGUCAAACAAUCAGCACCUGUUCUCAUUGCUGUUAGUCGCAGUGUAUCCGUCAUUGGUAACCUAAUGUUCAAUAUACCACGAGCUGCUGUCAAUAUAAAUGAUGGUUUUUACGGAAAUCAUACAAUUAGUUGGAAUGUUAUGUUCAAUACAGUACGAGAGACUAGCGACCAUGGACCGAUUAAUACGUGGGAUCGGCAACCGUUUUUAACCGAUGGAAGACAAACAGGAGUGCCAUCACUCUGGCAGCAUCAAAGCUACAUUCAUCAUAAUCUUCUCUUUAAUAACUACAAUUCAUUCUAUCCAAUUGAUCAUGAUGAUGGAAGUUGUUUCUAUGAAGACAGUUACAAUUUUCAAGUUUAUGGUGGCAAAAAGAAUUAUUUGGGUCACUCAAAAAUGGAUCAUCAUGAAAUCUAUGUAUAUCCUGAUACCAAAUCAAGUCAAGGUACAGGUGUGUGUAUUGCUGAUCAAGCACCUCAACGAGGUUCAAGUGGUUGGAAUGAAACUUGGAUUUACAACACUUGUGUUCUCUAUUCAAGUGUAGUGCCAUACAAUCUCUGGUACUGUGAGACCGAUGAUUUAUUUGUACCAUACUUGGCCGACAAUCAGAUUUAUAUUCCAUCUGAUAAAAGUGUGCAAUUUCAAUGUAAAGUGCAUGGUAUUAGUAAAAAUCUUAGUUUAGAACAAUGGCAAUCGUACGGUCUCGAUCGUGGAACUGUCGUUCAAACAGCACCCAACAUUCAAACAGUAAUUCAAUGGGGUCGCAAUAUGUUGAAAACAACAGUCUAA